AAAUAAAAAUAAACAAAACCAGUAAUCCAGUUUUACUUGUGUCAAAGUUAUCCGUGCUGGUCAUUAGGAUACACAAGCUGCCGACAGAAGCUUAAUGAAAAAUCGAAAAGGGCUGCAACAAGUGCCGAAGCGUGUAAGCGUGUGUGUGUGUGUGUUUGUGUGUGCCUGUAAACCAAUACAAAAGUAAUCAAAGUUGAGCGCAUUUAAGCAAAAAGUGCGCAAAGGCAACACGACAGGAAGUCAAUGAAAAUAAACACAUAAAAGCAACUUGCGGUCUACUGAAUUAUGUCAACGACCAUUCAGAGGGAGGAAAUAAUAAUGGAUGCGGUUGAGGCUGUUAAUACGCCGCCGACAGUGGUCAAUGCGAUUGCUCAGACAGUCCAAUCCAUAAUUAGCAGCACAACGGCAAAAGCAACAACAAGUGUAUCAGGCUUGGGCAGCAUCAGCACCGCCGCUGCCACCACCACCACCACCAGCGGCACCACUGACACCACAGAAGGAACAAUACCAACAACAUUUUCAACAACAACUACAACAAUAUCGUCCUCCAGCAUGACGGAGAAGCCCAGCGUGAGCGAUUUAAGCAGCGCACUGCAACAUUUUGGCAUUGUUGAUUAUUUGGUUUUCAUAGCCAUGCUGGUGGUCUGUGCCGUAAUUGGCUUCUACUUUGGCUUCAUCGAGAAGAAGAAGAAACAGCAAAAUACCCAACUGCCCACCGAUGAAAAAGAUGGCGCCGGCACCGCCGGCAUCGAGGAGCGUCGCGGCUCGGAGGCCUUGGAUUACUUGGUGGGUGGACGCAAAAUGAAAGUGCUUCCGGUUUCGCUAUCCCUGGUCGCUAGUUUCGUAUCGGGCAUAUCAUUGCUGGGCACAUCAACGGAGAUUUACGUGUAUGGUACGCAAUAUGCGUUCAUAUUGGUUACCCUGGCCAUAUCUGGAAUGAUAUCUUGGUAUAUUUUCCUGCCCGUUUUCUGCAAUCUUCAAUUGACUUCCACAUACGAGUACUUUAAGCUGCGCUACGGCAGCAGCAUUCGAAACUUCGGAGCUGUGCUAUUCGUCAUUGGCAUGUUGCUGUGGCUGCCUGUGGCCCUGUAUGUGCCUGCCAUUACCUACAAUCAAGUGACUGGCACGAGCAUCCAUGUCAUCACGCCCAUUGUUUGCAUUAUUUGCACUUUCUACACGUGUGUGGGCGGCCUCAAGGCGGUGAUUUGGACAGAUGUCAUCCAGAGCUUUGUCAUGUACGGAUCCAUUCUGGCAGUCUGCAUCAAAGGCACCUACGAUGUCGGCGGCCUGGGCGUGGUCUUGCAGCGAAAUGAGGACAGCGGACGUUUCAAUGCGCCAGAAUGGACCUGGGAUCCCACCGUGCGGCUGUCUAUGGUCUCUGUGAUAGUGGGCGGCACUCUGCACAAAAUACAAUCAUCGGAUGUCAAUCAAGUGUCAAUCCAACGCUUUCUCUCCCUGCCCAGCUACAAGCAUGCCAAGCAGUGCAUGUUCCUCUAUACGGUCCUCCUCAUAUUCCUGCUCAGCUGCUGCAGCUACAUGGGCUUGGUCACCUAUGCCGUCUACCAGGAUUGUGAUCCCAUUAGCACCGGGCUUGCCAAGGCCAGCGAUCAGUUGCCUUCGCUGCUGAUGAUGCGCACCUUGGGCUCGUUUCCUGGUCUGCCUGGGCUGUUUGUGGCUGGCGUGUUUAGCGCCGCGUUAAGUUCGCUGUCCACGGGACUCAACUCGAUGGCAUGCGUGAUCUCACAGGAUGUGGUGCGGCCGCUGCUCAAGAAGCCGUUGACGGAACGCCAAACCGGUUUGCUGCUGCGCGCCAUCGUCGUCUUCUUUGGCCUGAGCUGCAUGGGUCUGGUCAAUGUGGUGGAGAAGCUGGGCAUGGUGCUGCAGCUGGCCACCACCACCUCGGCUGUGUCCAUGGGGCCGCUGCUGGGGAUCUAUGCCAUGGGCGUGUGUCUGCCCUGGGUGAAUGCGAAAAGUGUCAUGACUGGCAGUCUGGUGUCCUUUGUAGUCCUGGGCUGGAUCUGCGUCAAGGCUCAGCUGGCGCAAAUGCAGGGCGAGAUUCGGUAUCCAAAGAUGCCAGUCUCAGUCUCGGGCUGUGAUUACGCCUUUGACAAUGCGACCGUCUGGCGCACUCUGCAUGAGUACAGUCCCUCAACAGAUCGUAACAUAUAUCAUCUGUCGUUCUUCUGGUACACUGCACUGGGCGGACUAAUUUGCACUGUGGUCGCCCUGCUGGCGAGCCUCGUCUUUGGCUGGCAGGAUGUGUCUGAAAUGGACCCGGCCCUGGUCACGCCCUGCAUGCGUCGCUUCCUGCCCAAGAAACAAUAUGAGGCUGUGGAUCUCGAGGAGCUCUUUAGGCGCAAGGCUGAUCCUACUGCAGAGAAGCCUUGAACAUAAACUACGAUGAAAGCUACUUGCUAAUAAAUUGU